GUUGGUUAAUAUUCUAAUCAAUGAAACGAUGCCUCUCAUUGAAGUCGGAAAGGCUUCGCUUUUUUCAUAGGUAGACAUUAAAGUAGGUAAAGCUUGGAUUGUUAGUCGUAACUACGCACACACGAUUGUACUUUUCAAAUAGCGAAGAUAAACAGUUUUUUUUGCUACGAAAGUGGUAUAGUGUUCAGCCGUUCUCGAAUCUUCUCCGCAAAUCUCGCAAGAAUAACGUUUGUUGCUCUACAUCCAAACAGUGAAUCGCAAUUGUCUUGGAUUCGAAUUCCAUUUCAAAGAUGACAACGCAACCCUUAUAGCUCCCUAAUAUGUACUAUUAUAUACAGACCUUCUAGCCGACGGUUGUUCGGUGUGUCCAGUCAACCUGAACACCGACAAAAAUAACAGGAUUCUGCCUGUACUUUUAGCCUGCCGUCGAGUUGCAUCAAAAACUGCAAUUGCGGUUGCGACUUGCUUUUCUCUCGUCGCCUGUUUCCAUCGUUAUUGGGGAUCUCGUUCACGUUCUUCCGUUUUGAUAAGGUGGUACUAAGUUGCCUGUCAUUUUUUUUGGCCGGACGAAAUGAUGGCGCCCUCCGAAAAUAUUAUUACCACUGCUUUAAGAGCAAAAUCAAUCGCUACAAUUACCUAUUCUCAUUUAUCGAGGUGGACUCUAGCAACUUUAACACUAGGUUUAGUUAAUAGUCUGCAAUAAAUAAUAUCUUUUCACAUUUUUGACAAAUAUAUGUUAAUUAAAAAAAACCUUUAUAUUGCAACGGUCGCUUUAAUCUUCAGUAUAAGAAUCAAAGGCUACCUUGUCUUCGUGAGUAGCCUAUUUUUGGAGCGUGGUUUUCAGAAAAUUCCGGUCGCAUCUAAAUUAUCAAGACUCGCUGACUUACCGCAGUAGCAAGCAUUAAAUAAAGCACGACAUUGUCCUCAACUUCCAAAGAAGCCGCGGAUUAAAUCCGCCCCAUCGCACAAAGUCGAUUACGAUGACGAGCUUCAGCGACGAUGAGCUCGACUUUAUCAAGAACCGAGGAAACGAGAACACUUCAUCUUGACUCAACUGAAGUUACCUGUUUUUCGGAGAGCCAUGUUCUUGUUAUUAAGUUCAAUCGAUACGUGUACCUGGGAACGUACGACGAACGGUCAAACCUUGAAAAAGAGAGUCUUCGAGAAGAACACAAAAUUAGAGAAUUUAUGGUGCAGAAGUACGAACGAAAACGUUGGUUCGUUGAUCCUGAUAUAGCACAGCAUAAAAUGCAAUUGGACCGGCGACAGCGCGCGGCAGCGGAGCAAGGCAUAAGCUUAACGGGCGGCUCGGUCUCGAAGCCAUCCUCAAAACCACCGGCGACAUUUGCCACGCGCUCGCAGCCGGUAACGCCAGCUGGCGGUGAACUCUGGUCGCCGCCUCUAACGGCCACCAGCACAGCACCUGCAUUUGCAGCAUUUGGCACAGCAUCACAACAGCAACAAACAGCACCAGCAAAUAGCAACACUAGUGCGUUCAACGACGACCUAUUCGCAAUGUGCAAAGAGGCCAUUCCCCUGCCCGCAGAUCCAUUUCGAUCAUCUUCCACUUCGAAAGAGCAGCAACCGCAGUAUCAGUUUCAGCAGCGGCCGCUUCGCAACAACAACAACAACAACAACAACAGCAGCAGCAACAGCAACAACAGCAGCAGCAGCAGCAGCAGCAGCAACAGCAGCAGCAGCAGCAGCAACAACAACAACAAUAACAACAACAAGCCUUCUACCAUUGGUAUCGUCGAUCCAUUUGGACAGUUAUCAACAGCAUCGUUGUCAAUCGAUCCAUUUGCGGCUUCAACGGGGCUAGCGUUGACCGCAAAGCCACAAAGCGGUUCCCGUGCGGUUCUUUCGCCACCUCCAUCUCAGACUCACGUGACGCCUCAUCAUCUUACAGCGUCUGCGGCUCCGGCCAAAUCGUCGAUGGGCGAUUUUGCCGAUUUCGACGCCGCGUUUGGUGCGGCCGCGGCCAAUUCCGCUGAUAUGACGAUUCUGGCGCAAGCUUCAAGUACACCUUUGGUGCCAUUGCCGGCAAAUGCUAAAACGGCGUUUUCGGGAAGCGGAGCGACGUUAACACACGGAACGGCGGGGGUCGGUAAUGGUUCCCUUAGCAAAAAGGGCCUCGCCUCACAAAAUGAAAUAUCUAAAGGCGGGGCACCCUCAGCUGAUCGUUAUGCUGCUCUGGCAGAACUUGACGAACUUCUCAGCGGGCAAAAAAAUGACUCAGUGUCUAAACCGAAUGAGGUUGUCAGCGGAGUGUUAUCUUCAACAGAUCCUUGGGGAAAUCACCAACCUACGCCAGCUACGGCAUCUGCAAAUCCAUUUUCUCCUACGGGCGCUACAGCUCCAUCGACCGGUGGAAGCAACAAUCCGUGGGGUUCGCCAGCAGCCCCGGCUCCAUCUCCUGCAUCCGCAUCUUCCCCUAAUCCGUUCGCUAUAGCAGCCAACUCGUGGGGUACCACUAUACCAAGUACGUCACCCGCCGGUGCGGCCCAAGCGAUAACGUUUGGUCGUAUAACACCUUCAAAUGUUACGACACAGUCUUACGACCUAGCGGCACUCACAACUACUCUGGCAGGCGUACAACUUAAAAAUGGCCGUAUGACGCCAACGAUAAGUCAAUGGCCAAACAACAAUCAACAGAAAUCAUUGGCCUCUAUUGCUUUGAGUUCUGGAGGGCCGCCAGGCGCCUCUACCCAGACAUCCGCAUCGUCCAAUAGCGGCAGAUUCCCCACUACCUCCUGGAAUGCUGCAUCCCUCGCUUCCACUGGCAAUAGCAGUACCGUACAAGCUGGCUUUUCUCAGACGCAUCAACAGCAACUGGAGGUCGCAGCGCCGACAAAUACUGUAGCCACAAGAAGUAACAGUACAAAUAGCAGUUGCAGCGGCACUGGAAGUAUUUCUGGUUCGGGUAACUGUACACAGGGCGGCGCCGAUUGGGCCGGGUUUGGACAGUUGGCCUGGUCUAACGGUACCACCACAUCGGCUAGCACCGGCAUGAACGCCGCAGGGGGUUGGCCUAAUGGAGGCGCAGGCCUAACCGAAGUAUGGUCACAGAUGCCAACUAGUGCUUCGACUCCCGCAUUCAAUGCACGUAGCCAUAGUCCCGUCCAGCGAAUUGCUGCACCAGCCAUAAGCAAAGUGUCAGCACAAUUUUUAGGAGGUGUUCCACAGUCCUUUUCGGUGCACUCUGCCUUUGGAGCCGCUCAGUGGCCUCCAAACGGGACCCCUAACGGAACCCACCAAACUGGGCUUCCUAACGGACGCGUCCCUUCGAAUGCAAACCCCUUUACACCGAACGGCUCGGGUCCGUUGGGUGCAGCGCGCGUCUGUUCAACGAGUAAUCCAUUUCUUUAGUUAGCGAUACAAUGUAUUCCUCGUGGAGCAGAACAAAUCCGGAUAACGCUCGUAAUUGAUCUUCGGAAGCACAUGAAGGUAGCCUGAGCCCGGGGUGGUGAAGUAACUUUUUUUUUUCGUGUUUCAAGCACGCAAGUGUCACAGCAAAGACGGUUUUGGAAUUAUUCCGCGUUCAAGGACGAAUGCAUCUUAAUUUUGCCAUUACGAAUCAUUGUCCAGUAAUGUAGUGUCAUAUUCGAUGAAACCCAGUUGGAACAGCGCGGUUGUGCUUGUUAGACGUAAUGACAAUACACGGUGUAGCUAUCAGUAUCUCCAGCACGAAGCAGCUUCGAGAUACUUGUUCGAAGCAUUGUUCCAUGUGCUUAUACAACUGUCGAAGAAUGCUUAAAACGAUUUCUCUACGGCCGCAACAAGGACCACAGAAAUGGGACGUACGAGGAGGCUGGGCAAACGUGGGAAACAACAAACGAAGUUUGAAUUCUAUGAAAAAAAAAGUGACUGGAAAUAACUAGGGGUAAAAAGUCAGGAAAAAUCGAAGGCAAUAAAACAAAGCAAAUAUACGUGAAACAUCGAUUCCGAUUUGGUGGGACCGGUUGCAAAAUGAAACCGAUCUAUAUAUGUGAAAUGUGUUGACAACUAAAUAUAUAGGAACGUCUAAAUGUUGCUAGAGGUAAGGAAGAAAACAACAACAAAUACAAAGAAUAGAAAAAUCAACGGAUAGAAAAGCAAGGGUUAGACACAAAGAAGUGCAUCCCACGGUAACACUAGAAGAAUUAUUUAAUUGAGAUAAAUUUGUUGGAAAUAAGGUCAUCUUGUGGGUAGAUACCUAUUACAAUGAACUAAUAAUAUAUGAACGGUUAACAUAACCUCUAACACUAAAAUAACACCAGCAAUGAAGUACACAGGUUUAUGGAAGAAACAUAAGUGACUUAGUGGGCUAAUAUAUUGAUUCAGAAUAAAAAAAAAACAACGUAUACUGUGUGAAGGAAGAAGACAACACAGCAAUUGCUGCGGGCUAGCGUAAAAACAUAACGCAAAACAAAAAUAGUGCGGGCCAAAAAAUGACCAUGAUAUAUGUUACCUGAUUCCCGUUCGGUUCCGCCCAGCAAAUGGAUGUGUGAAAUCCUGUCAUGGAUCUGACAGGAUCCUGAAAGAAGUAAAAGUGACAAAUUAAGGGAGAACGGAGUAACGAGAGAAGUUUUAGUGACAGAAAAAAUGACGAAUCAAUUGAUACCAACAACGGAGAGAGGAGCACAUUGUAUUGAAGGUAGAAAGUCAUACAAUGUUGUGAUUUUCCUACAGCUGUUAUAGCAGAAAUUGCUACAGCUAUGAUUAAUUAUAACCAUCCUGUGUUUCCACCAACUAUUCUAUCGUGAUCCUCUGCAUGUAGUUAAAGGUAGAAGAGAGAAUGAUCAUCUAAGAUGGACGAUGAAAGAACGCGAAAAUUAAGAAGUUUAACACGGAUGGUGAAGCGUUUGUUCACGAACUUAAAAGUAUCUAUACACACUUACACGACCAUACGGACACGCUACAAGAAACUAUAAGAAAACAGUAGAAUAAAAAGCAAAAGACAUUGAACAGCGUAUAUCAAGCACGGUAUCAAUGAUUAUCGUGAUGACAACAAGGAAGGGUAGGAAGACUAAAAGGAGCCGAUGAAGAUGUACUGUAUGAUUGUGUACAGUUUAUAUUGCAUUGUAUAUUUAAGUUAAGUCACUCGAGCCACUUAUCUUGCUAAGUUUGAUCGAGACGAUAAAAAAUGUAUGUAGAUAUAUAAACUUACGAGAACGAUUUAAAAAAGCACUUUAUGCAGACAAAUAUAAAAUGUCUCCGUAACGAAUGGCGAGUACACAACAUGGCGAUAUCAACAAGCCUGAGAAAGGGGACAAAGAGCAAAAUUCUGCUAAUCUAACGAAGUGAUAGCAGGUUGAUGAAUAUUUCGCAGAGUGAAUAUAUUUUACAAGAAGAGACGGAAGAGCAACACGUAAAACUGUGACAGUUAGAGAUGAGGGGCUCUGCAGAACGCCAGUUAUUCGGGUUUGUCCAGCAAGGAAGGGAGUAAGACUGAAGUUAGUUAGAAAUUCGAAUCGACAGCAAACACGGGCUCGAACAGCUGCUUCGAUAAUGACGAUGACGCCUACGACAAUGAUAACAUAACGUUCACAAUAAAGUAAGCUAACUAAAUAACAAUAAAUGCGGUGCUUUCAA